GAUAAAACAGUAUUUUUAUUAAAAUUCACUCAAAAAAUAGCCAAAAAUCCGUAAAAAUGAAGCGAAAAUUAAGUGAAACUGCGCCUGAAGUGGCAGAAGAUGAAGAACACGAAGAAGAUGAAGCUAUGGAGACAGAAGAAACGACGAAAAAAGCGAAUCCUCCAAAAAAAUUGAAACCGUUCGAUGUGAAGGUAUUCCGAAAAGCCCUCAAAGGAACAGAUUUCAUCUUUGAAAUGAAACGCUUCACGAGAAUCGCUUCGGAGGAUCCAACAAUUGUUCAUACUUACCUCACAAACAAGGGAACCGUUCUGGAAGUCGUUGAAGCCCUUUUACGACUCGAUCAGAGCAACAUUUUUCACAUUUCACACGUUUUUGAUGCUCUUACCGCGAUUCUGUUGGAAGUUGUGAACAAUCCAGAGUUUGUUGCGGGAGCUUGUGCCGGCAUCGCGUUUCUUUUGAACAACAAUCGAAGUGUAAUCUUGAAACUUUUAACCUCUGACAACGAUACGCAUCGCAGUAGUGCCUUAAAAUUGCUGACAGGAGCAGUUGUGUUGAACAGCCAGCAAUUUGGCGUAGCUUCAAUGCGAGUUAUGGACACUUUGGUUGGGGAAAAAACGCUGGAAGAGACAAUUUUCAAGGGAUUCAAAGUAACGGAAGAGACUUUGGAUGAUAAUUUGAGAAAAUCUUACGUUCAGUACAUUUUAUCGCUGUUACUCGAGACAGACGUGCAACUCGUGAAUCAAUUUUUGCAACGGGAAUAUCUGGUGCGUGGCUUGAUGAAAGGUCUCAUCUACGACGACUUGCAAGAUUUGGCUGUAAUUUUGAAAACUUUUCGGGAACAAGUCUUGGAACGUGCUGGCAUCCUAAAAACGCAGAAAAAACGCGCUUUUUCCGAAGAAACCAUCAAUUGUCUCCUCGACGUGUACAACAAGUACAGGGGACCCGCAUUCCAAAUCCAUAAAAAGCCGAGUCUCGUGCCGGAAGAACAUCAAAAAGAAGCUGCUGAAAUAGUUCACGAGUUUUGCAAGAUUUUACUGUGUUCGCGCAAACAUGGCAUCGCUUUCAACGCUCUCGGGAGAGAAGAUAAGAAAAAUAUUUCACAAAUGUUGGCUUUGCGUCACAUGAAGAGCUUUUGGAAUCACGAGCAAAUGUCGGAACUCGUGUUGGCGAUUAUUCAAGCGUGCCCAGAACUGAUUAGAGUCCUUAUGGAUCGCCUCACGAUGGGAAUUCGACCCAAAAAACACGAAUCCUGGUUCAAUUGUGUCUUUUUCACGCAAAAUUUGUUACUCGCCAUCGAUCCGAAGCCCAUUUUGGCUGCUGUGAGACACAUGGAUCCGAAACGUGUCUCCGAAUACAUCUUGAAUUUCUCGAUUUGUCAGUCAAUUUUGCAGCAUCUCGACGAAAAUACGUUGAUCAAAGGCGGUGUCUUGGAAAUGCGAGUGCAACUCAUCAAAUUAUUGGCCAUCAUGUUGCAGCGAUGCAGUUUGUUCCUCACAACGUUUGCCAAUAUGGAGAAUAUUCUCGACUAUGACUUGCGAAAAGUCAAGUUUAACAUCAUAAAUCAACUUUUCGCGUAUUUCCCGAGUGUCGAAACGCUCUUGAAUGCCCUCCAUUUGAGCAUUAAAUUCAAAGGCAACGAGAAAAAAGUCGAAAUUAACCAACAAUUGAGCUUAACGUUGGACAUCAUCCUACUUUUGCACGAAAUGGUACCGAGCGUCAUCCAAAAAAGUCAAGAUAUUGUGAAUUUUAUCAACGUUCUGAGUCCAAUUUACAAUUUUCAUAACGAAGAACAGCACGUGGCACCAGAAGCUCGUGAGGAAAAGCUCCAAGUCAACUUGAAAAUCGUCAAAUUAAUGCUGAUUCUUGAACCAGACGUCUUCGAACAAAAAUUUGAGUUGUUCAAACCCGUUUUUGAAACACUCGUUAAAGUAAUUACGAGCUCGGAAGCGAAUGAGAGUGAAGUUUCGCUACAACGCGAGUCAUUGGAGCUUUUACAGAAAAUUUUAACAUCUACUCAAUGUUUCGAUGACACCCAAAUCGAGCUGAACGCCUUAAUUUUAGCGUUAAAACAAACUCCGGCGAAAAGUCACACAGCAGUUAUUGACUUCAUUAUUGCCACAAUGCACACAAAAGUCGAAAAUCUUGGGUCUGAAGACACAGAAACCCGAGAAAAGUCAAAAAGUGGGAAGAAAUUGUCGAAAGAAUUGACCUCAUUGUUCGAAAGAAUCGACAAAAUGGACGUAAUUCCAGUUAAAAGUGAAGAAAAUGAAGGAGAAGUGAUCACAGCUGGAAUAAUUUCGUUAGUUGUACCAAAAAUGUUGAAAAAAUACGAAAGCUUGGACAGCUCACAACAAAAACCGAUCAAAAAAUUCCUCGAAAAUUUAUUGUUGGCCCUGUUUUAUGCAAUUCCCGAUCAAUCAAUCGUGUCGAAAGUCACUCAAAACAGUAGUUUAGCGGUCGUUUCUUACUUCAACACGUUCGAAGAAUCCCUCCCAAUGUUAUCGGAACACUCGAAAUUGAAGCCUCCAUCGGUUUUGUCAUCAUUUAUUGACUCAAUUCUGUCCAAAAAUCAACUUGACGAUGAAUUUUUCACAGAUGUCACGAUCACUGGUUGUCCUUUGCAGAUCGUGCAAUUGAUUCAAGUCAUCGUUUUUUGUGUGGUUCAAUUGACAAAACGCGAAGCCUUUGAAGAGGAACAUUGUACGAUUUGUACGAACUACAGUCGAAAACUCAUUCAAGAAUUGAAAAAUUUGGAAGAUAAAUGCCUCGAAGCGAAAGGUGCUGAACUGGAAAAAGCCGAAAAUGACAAAAAUUCCUUCAAAUCUCUUGGCGAUUGGUUACUUCGUUACAUUUUCGUCGAACAAUACCAAAUUUUGUCGCUUUUUUCACUGAAUUCUGAGCAAAAUUCUGCCAGAUUUAUCGCGGAUCUCGCUCAAGAUUUGAACGGCAUGUUUUCCGGGUGCAGCAAAUACAUGGAAUACUUCCGAAGGAAGAUUGUGACCGAAGUUAAAGGCAUUUUUGAUGACAAAAAAGUUAGAACUGACGAAGAACACGACAGUCUCAUACGAACUUUGGAAGCAUUCGACUUGGAAAGUAAAGAUUCCAUCGAAAUUCUGAAGAAAUUAUGCGAUGUCAAGGUAAAAAAGGUGCACGACAAGCCACUUUUUGCUAAAUUGAUCGUUUUAUGUCUUCGAAUCUUGUCGGAAACGAAAACGGUGUCCUUGGAAGAAGAAACUGUCUCAAAAUUGGGACAAAUUUUGACACAAAUUGAACCAAGUGAAGCACUUCUCGAGUCAUUAGGCACUUAUUUGAACGAAUUUCCGCACAACAUCAAACAUUUUGAGCUGGAUUUCAUCAGUGGCUUGAUCGAAAACGAGGCUUUGACACUUUCGAAGGCACUUACGCGACUCCUGACACUCAUUGUCGAACGUGAUGAACGUUACCAACAGAAUUUCCGUGAGCUGCUGCAAAAUAUUUACACGAAAAAGGAGUUGGCUUAUCCAUUGUUGAAAACUGCCUUCAAACUGGGCUUACUAAAACCCGAAGAAGACAAGGUUUUGUUGAACAAAAUUUACGCCGAAUAUAAAACGGGCAUCUUUAAAACGAUCGAAAAGCCGUUGAAGGUUGGCGCCAUUUACCGCGAAAACGUCUUGAGCUCCGUGCAGUUGAUUAAUUUUUGCAUGCCGAUCAACGAAUGCUUGGAUUUCACAAAUAAAGCAUUAAAAGUGCAAGAAGCUGAAUUGGUGCAAUUCCAACUUUGUCAAGCAAUUUAUUGGAAAGCGUGGAAAAGUGUGAAGGAAGAUGUCAAUGAAGAAACUGCGUCGAAGAGAAUUGAUGUUUUUGUCAAUUUUAUCAACAAUUUCUUGACUCUUGCGAAUAUUUUACUGAAAAAAGAUCAUAUUGAUCAAAUUGUCCCAUCAGCUGCUUUUAUUUUGGAAUCAUGGCUUUCAUUUACGGAAUCAAAUAAACUCGAUUUUGAUCCCUCAGUUAUCACAACCACGAAUACUUGGGCAACUUUCGUCAAAAACAGCAUCAAAGCAGGAUUGAGUGCCAAAACUUCCGUUGGUGACGUCAUUUUACGACAACUUUCAGCACUUCUCGACUAUUUAUAUGAAGAUCAAAACAGCGCAGAUGGACUUUCGGAGCAUUUUGAGUCGUUUAUCAAUCAUCCAGGGUACUUUGAUGUCGCUCUUGGCACUGUUGACUCUCCUUUGAAGGAGGCUUUGUUCCAUUUGACGUUCAUUUUCAUCAAAAAAGGACCUUCUCUGGCAAUGGAAAAGCACGUUCCCGUAUAUUUGGGUGCCUAUCAAGCGAGUUUGUCCAAAACGGAUCAAUAUAUUUUGGCACUUUUACAAUUAUAUGAACGUUCAAAGGUGUCUCUUGCUAAAUUUAGGCCUUUCUUAUGGGGUGAGGCGGCGAUUUUGCGACAUUCGUUGCGAGGAGACGAAGAAAAGGGUGCCGAUGCGUUAAAUAAGAAGAGUGGAAAUUUGGAAACGUUGAAAUUGAUCGAAGAAAAUGCGAUUAGGAAAAGUUUUACGGAUUAUCCGGUAUGGAGGAAGCUCGAUGCUGUGAGUCAAGUGCCCAAAAUGACGAUUGUAACGAAGAAACAACGACAGGAAAUGCUGGAAGUGCAAUUUUUGGGAAAAAUUUUGGAAAAUGACGACACAAGAGAACAUGAACUUACGAUGAAAGCUUAUUUCGACACACAAGAGGACGAUUUUUCAGCACUUUAUGACCCGGCGUUCAUCAUUCCCUUGUUGAGUGGCAUUUUUGCGCCGGAACAAGUCGAUUUAGUGGCUAUUGCAGUACAAAAAGGACUCGUCCCGUUCUUGUUUGCUGCCCUAUCGAGUCAGGAUUUGCAUAUGAGACUCGCUGUUGGUCAAGCACUCAUGCGAUGUCGUUCACAUUUGGAUGGCGGAAAACAUUUUCUUGGUAAAGAGCUCUGGCAACGUCUCUACGAUUCAGUUCAAAACGGAUUGCAUUCGCUGUGUAAGCUGAAUUCGACAAAAACUCUUCCUCGUCCUUCCACAUAUACAACACAAUUCGUCGGUCAUGCAGCUACCAUCUUCCAGCAUGCCUUGCACGAUCUCUACCCGGCCUUAUCGAACUAUUUCGUCGUUAAACCCGUCUUUGAUUUCACCUCCGUGCCCGAUUUCUACAAUUUAUUCUUCAAUUCUGACGUAAAAUUCGCCAAACAUCGCAAUUAUUUGCUCACAAUUCUCGCUGACGGCACAAAAACCAUCGACGACUUUAUGGCACUCUUCAAAUCGCCGAUCCUGAAGUUGUUGAUGUCCUGCUACGGAUCUCCUUUGAGCGACACCGAGACAAAUAUCAACAUUAUGAACGUUUUCAAGGCCAUCACGCGGCUUCCCUUAGCUACGGACGUGCUAAUUGUGAAAUGUGGCUUCCUCACGUGGCUCCAGACGAUCAUCGAGCGCACGGAAACGUGGUUUUUCGACACAAUUGUUGCCAUAAUUGACACAUUAGCGAAUUUGUACGAAAGUGUGAGCGGAAAUAAGAAAAGUUACAAGCAACCGGAACAGAUUGAGGUGCAAGUGUUGGCGAUUGUGUUGACACUUUUGAGUAAAUUGACUGUUAAAGUACCCAAAGAAGCGGUUCGCAAGUUUUUGGCGGUUUUCCAUGGAAUUAGCAACGAUUAUAUGGCUUUGGUGCCUGAAAGUAGCUUGAAAACGUUAACAGAUUUUGCGAAAAUUGUGCUAAGGGACGAGUUUCACGUUCGUUUGACGAAAAUUGAAGAAUUUAAAGGUGACUCUUGUGAAACGUGGUUGGAUUAUGUACAAGCCACGGACAAACUUGAAGACGAGCAUCGCAAAAAAGAACAGGAAAUGUUCCUGUAUGUCAGGGAAAUUUGUAUCAAAUGGUACAAAACGAACGUUUCCCACUAAAAAAAAUAAUUUUUCAUUAAAAAUAAAAAAUAUAUUUCA